AUGGAAAAUCGGAUCGAUUACAUUUGGCUCAACGAUACCUCAGAACAAAUUAUCUGCCCCAGCUGCCUGAAGUCGUUUCCACUCGAGGAUCGCAGCGAUGAUCCUGAUAAAAGAUACGAGUACGCAUUCGCCCAUCUUUACUGUCCUGUCUGCCGCCAUAACUUUUCCUUAAACUCCAACAAGAACUCAAACCAACUGCCAUCAACAACAUCCAGUCGCCCGGGGAUAACUCUAUACCCGCAAAAAGAAGCCCAUACAACACUUAACUUAUACUCUCAAUCCAGUUCAACUUUACCAACAGGAUCAUCGUCGACUCUGUUCGACUCGCUCAGCUUAAAAAAGAAGCAUGCUCCAGAAACGAAAAGUUCCAUCAGUUUAUCCCAAUCAACCCGUAUCCACGAGCGAGCCUCUCCUCCCAGUCCUCCAAGAAUUAAGUCUCCUCGGAUCGAGCAUCAUCAGUCCUCGCAUUCUAUGCUGCAUCCCCAUCCAAACAAUAUAACCUCCCACCAAAGCUCACCACAGAAGACGAGCUACGUGUGCGAGCGAUGCUACACGAAUUUCUUUACCGAAGGCGAGCUUCUUCUUCACGAGAGAAUUCAUCACGGGAUCAUGCUCACGCCGGUCGUAAAAAAUAACCAUGCGCUUGAUCUAAACUUAGUAGAACCGGCCGAAACGAGCGACAUUGAUGGAUUCGUCGACGAUUUUAUGACGGACUUCGAAGACUUGUUCGUCGAUAGUCUAAUAAGUAUGGACGCGGAAAUGCUCUCGCAAAAUGAGGAUACUCAGGACGCUAUGAACAUUUCUCAAGACCAGAAUCGGAGGCAGUCAGAAUCUGAGGAAUCUGAAGAGUCCAGUGGAGAAGAGCUAACUCCUGAAGCUAUCUACAAUAGACUCAAGAUAAGCUGGAUGGACGAGCGCAUUGCUCCGGAGCUUCUUCCCAACGAUGAAGAUGUUACAGAGAAUGCCAAGAAUCUUAUCGAUGCGAUGAAGCAGAAUCUGGCCGGGGAUAAAGAACUUCUUUAUUUGAUUGCGGCAGCAUAUAAAACUCAGAAAAGAGUCAAGUACAUUCUAGCCUCGUACUUUCGGGAGCGAACCAGAAAGAUCGAGGCCCGUCCUGCUUAUUAUCUCCAGAAACAGCGAGAAAAACUCUCCGAGGUGGAGAUUGAUUAUGCCAAAACUCUCAUUCAACUUGAGCUCGGCCAUGUUAAUGAUAACGCAUUGAACAAAGUGCCAGGCUGGCGAGACGAGCCAUCGAAAAUUCUUGAGCGAAUGGCGGAAUGGGGAAAGAAAAACGAAGACAUGGAUUUUGUAGUGAUAAAAUUUCUCAAAAACUGCACAUUGCCAGAAGAUGUUGACUUAGACGAGGAUAUCCGUCAUUGGGAAACUGGAAAUCAACUUAUUUUACGAUGGAAAUACGCCAAGAACCCAGUGGAAGGCUUUUACGCUAAACUCAUCUAA